UGAACAGUAAAAUACUGCAACCUUGUGGGAACAGUGGGUAGUUCACAUGAGGUCUAAUUUCUCCUAUAGUCCUGAAUGCAGCAUGGCAGCUGAUAGACGUGUUCAAGGGUCGACCGGAAGUCUGGAGGCUUUAGUUUCCCGUCAUGUCUUCUUCUUCCUCCUCUUCUUCCUCCUCCUCCCCCUCUUCUUCUUCUUCUUCUCCUCGUCGUCUGUGAACAUCUUCCUGGUGAAUGUCAGUUUUCAUGGUUUCAGAAAACACGUCAUCGUGUUGACGGUCGAAGGAGCAGCAGAUCCCCGCGGAGGGAGAGUAACUGUCGCGGGGCUGGAGUCGCUUCUGCCGGGGAGGUAAUCUCAGAGAGGGACAGAAGACACGUCUCAGGAAAGGAUCCUGACCCGACUGCAGACACCAUGAGGUGACGACUGUAGCACCUUGUGUUUCUGCCAACGUGGACUUAUGGCAAGGAUCACUCUGUCCUGCCUGCCGGCCUCUUGGUACUGCAGCGUGUCCCUGCUGUCCCUGGGCUGCGCUCCCAGACAGAGGCUGCUGCUGCUGCUGCUCCUCUUCAUCAUCUCCACGCUCCUCAUCUUCGGGACCAACCAGAGGCUGCUAUGGGGCCCCCAGCGACAGCCUGGGGCCCAUUACAACAAGUACCUCUCUGUUGCAGAGGCAAUGGAGGCCACUGACAUCCUCAACCCUUCUCUGAAUUAUGGGAUUGUGGUGGACUGUGGCAGCAGCGGCUCUCGGGUGUUUGUGUACUACUGGCGCCCGCACAACGGGAACCCCCACACCCUGCUGGACAUCCGGCAGAUGAAGGACCACGAACACAAACCUGUGGUGAAGAAGAUCAAACCUGGCAUCUCCACUCUGGCCAAGUCCCCGACGCAGGCCAGUAACUACCUGCAGCCGCUCCUCAGCUUCGCCGCCGCUCACGUCCCGAGGAUCAAACACAAGGAGACGCCGCUCUACAUCCUGUGCACCGCCGGCAUGAGGCUGCUGCCAGAGAGUCAACAGGCAGCGAUCCUGGAGGACCUGGUCAGUGACGUCCCUCUGGAGUUUGACUUCCUGUUCUCCAGCUCGCAUGCUGAGGUCAUCUCUGGGAAGCAGGAGGGCGUGUAUGCAUGGAUUGGCAUCAACUUUGUGUUGGGCCGCUUUGAUCACGCUGACGAUGAGGACGCCACAGUCGAGGUGACGACCGGGUCUCAGAACCAGCAGCCAAUCAGCAGGCGGCGUACAGUGGGAAUCAUGGAUAUGGGAGGAGCUUCUCUGCAGAUUGCCUAUGAGGUUCCCAGUGCCAUCACCUUCAUCUCACCACAAGAGGAGGAGGCAGGGAAGAGUGUCCUGGCAGAGUUCAAUCUGGGCUGUGACGUGGACCACACACAACACGUGUACCGGGUCUACGUCACCACGUUCCUCGGCUUCGGAGGGAACAUGGCCAGGCAGCGGUACGAGGACCAGCUGCUGAACAAGACAUUCGCCAAGAACAGGUUCCUCACCACGCAGACGGGCCUGACCGAGGACAAACCCUACCUGGACCCGUGUCUGCCGGUCGGGCUGUCGGACACGGUGGUCAGGGAGAACCGCACCUUGUACCUGAGGGGUCAGGGAGCCUGGGCUGAGUGUCAGCGUUCUGUCCUGCCCUUCCUCGGCCUCCACAACGGAACCAUGUCCCCAGGGGGCGUGUAUCAGGCUCCGAUCAACUUCAGCAACAGUGAGUUCUACGGCUUCUCUGAGUUCUACUACUGCAUGGAGGACGUGCUGAGGAUCGGAGGACAGUACGACAGUGAGAAGUACUCCAGAGCUGCUACGGACUACUGCGCCACCAGGUGGUCGACCCUGAAGCAGCGUCUGGACGACCAGCUCUUCGCUCAGCAGGCCGACAUCAGCCGACUCAAGCAUCAGUGCUUCAAGUCGGCCUGGAUGUACGAGGUGCUGCACUCUGGGUUCCGGUUCCCCCCCGACUACCCCAGUCUGAAAACGGCUCAGCUGGUUUACGACAAGGAGGUCCAGUGGACGCUGGGAGCCAUCCUGUAUAAGACCCGCUUCCUGCCUCUCAGGGACCUGCAGCAGGAGACGCUGAGACAGAACCACCCCAGCUGGCUGCGCUCCUCCUUCCUCUACAACCACCACCUGUUCUCCCUCUGCAUCCUGGUGGUGGUGCUCGCCAUCCUGCUCUACAUCCUGCGCCUGCGGAGGAUCCACCAGCGGGAGAGUCGUCAGGCCGAGGCCCUGAGCCUCCUCUGGGUCGAGGAGGGAGACGCCCUCCUCCCCUGAGGAAGAUGCAACAGCAACAACAAUUUACUGUAACCUCAAAUCCAACACUAAAGACUGUGAGGAUAAUCAGGAUCCUGAUGAUUCCAGAGCAGCCAGAGGCGACGUGUGGGGGGGGGGG